UUUUCGAUCUAAUCGUCUUUCGGCGCAGGAGUUCGCCGCGGUGGCCGCUGCCGUUGAAAUCUGUCAAAAAUGUUCCGAAAUUCGAUUACUAGAGCUAUUAUUGUUGGAAAAAGCAGUAUUUUGCAUGCAGCACCCAGGACAGUGGCAGUUGCAGGAUGCAGACACAUGUCCAAGGCAGUGGAAAGUGAUGAACAACUGACGGCCAGAUAUGUCCAGUAUUUUGAGAGCAAAGACAUUGACCACUGGUGGCUUAGUAAGCACAUCAAUGACCUGGCCGGAACCGACGCUGUCCCGGAGCCGGACAUCAUCAAGGCCUGCCUGAAGGCGUGCCGUCGUCUGAACGACAUCGCCAUGGCCGUCCGCUUCAUGGAAAUUGUUCACUUCAAGUGUGGCAGCAAGGUCAAGGAGAUCUUCCCAUAUAUCCUACAGGAAGUUGGCCCGACGCUGGAGGAGCUGGGAGUACCCACGCCGGCCCAGCUAGGCAUGGACAAGCCACAGCUGGCGCUAGAGGACGUGUACGACAUGUGAGAGUGGGUGGACGCCGCGCUUCAGACUGCGUCGCCCAGCGCCGCACGGGUCCAGGUGGCCGAGUGUAAAUGACUGUGUGUACCGGUAAUACAUAGUGUGACACCCCGGGA